AUGUGGGUGGCCAGCGAGCGCAAGCCAUCUCCCGCACGUCAUCUCCCACAUGGGCGGCUGGUGGUUGCGCUUCAUCUCAUGCGAGGGAGACCAGUGUCUGCCCGCUUUCUUUGCCGCCGCCAUCUUGGCUCUAAGAAUUCUCCUCGGAACAAGAUAGUAGGAUUUGCUACAAAGGGCCAGGAUCUUUGUAAAAUGUGUUUUUGGAGAAAAAGUGGUGAAGAAAAGAAUAAGAAACACUCAGGCUCUGGGUGCUUUAAGGUAUAUCCACAUACAACCAUUGAUAUUGGCGUUAAGUAUGCAGAAAAACAAACAAGACGUUUUGAUGAAGGAAAAUUAAAAGCUGGCCAGAGUGUAAUUGGUUUGCAGAUGGGAACCAACAAAUGUGCCAGCCAAGCAGGGAUGACAGCCUAUGGGACCAGGCGGCAUCUUUAUGAUCCCAAGAUGCAAACUGACAAACCUUUUGACCAGACCACGAUUAGUCUGCAGAUGGGUGCUAACAAAGGGGCCAGCCAGGCGGGGAUGUUGGCACCAGGGACCAGAAGAGACAUCUAUGAUCAGAAGCUAACAUUACAACCAGUGGACAACUCAACAAUUUCUCUACAGAUGGGUACCAACAAAGUUGCUUCUCAGAAAGGAAUGAGUGUGUACGGGCUUGGGCGGCAAGUAUACGAUCCCAGAAACUGCCCAAUUAACAAAUGGAAUACUCCAGAGGGAGCAGUUGACAUUCCACAUAUGCAAGAAAUGCUGGAGUGGCUUUAUGGCCCUGAAGAUAUCCAUCCAAGAAAUAUGCCCCUUUCAGAGAUCGUAGCAGAGAUGGAACAAGCUAUUGGGGGAAUACAGGGAGGCACUCACCAUAGCCACAAGCAAGUCGGCUCUUUUCGCCUUGGUCCUACCCUGGAACCUCCGGAGACACUGCCAGAGCCCAUUGCCACAUGGACAGUGCCCUUUAAACAACUUCCUACUGAUCAGUAA